AUGCCCGCAAAACAUGUCGUGUUCGACGUCGUCGGAACCUGUGUCUCCUUCGACGCAUUUUACAACACAAUCCACCGCGUCAUUGGCGAACGACUCCUCGCCAAAAACAUCACCGCCCGCUCAUUCGGCUUCACCUGGAUGACAGCAGCCGAACUCGAAUUCACUUUCCUUUCGAUCUCCGAGCGUUACCGCCCAUACAAAGACGUGAUCACAGCACUAUUCUACCGAACCCUGUACAUGUGCGGCAUUGAGUCCCCCCCGUACCUUCGCAACAGAUGCAGAGCGCGACCAGGUUACUCGGAGCUAGAGUUACGGCCUGGCACAGCCGAUUGCUUCGAGAUCUUGCGGAAUGCAGGAUUUACAGUCUGGUGUCUGACGACCGGUGAUGCGAAGCGGGUUCGUGGAUACUUUGAGCGUGCGGGUGUGGAUAUGCCGUUGGAGAACUUUAUAACUUGUGACACCGCCGGAGUAGCAAAGCCGGCGCUGGCAGCGUAUAAACCAGCGCUAGCGCGCUUUGCGGAUGAUGAUGUCAAGUGGUUUGCGGCUGCGCAUAUGUGGGAUGUUUCAGCUGCUGUGAAGGUUGGGUUCCGGGGUGCUUAUUGUACGAUAUACGAGCAGGAGUCUUGUGCGGAGAUCUUUGAUACGGAGAUGGAGGUUCUGGCAGAUGCUUUGCCGCAGAUGGCGGAGAGGAUCGUGGCGGCUUCGACUUGA